GUGUUGUAAAUGUUUCAGGUAUUAAAGAAGACUAAACAUGUUCUAUUUGAGCCUGGAAACAACAUAAAUGGCCUAUUUCAAGCAGGUAUGGUGGGCAUGUCAUUACCUGAAAAUCAUACAGUGAAAGCUUCCUGUUUAUUCCUGACAGAAUUGAUCUCACAGAAAGACGUGGUUGUGGUACAAGAGGUGGUCAUGUCACAGGGGGAAGUACUUCUUGACAGGAUCAUGAGGGCUAUAGGAGGUGAAUCUCCACGCAUGAUCAUGGAAAGCAUUGCUGAUGUGUUGUUCUGCCUUUCUAAACACUAUCUGGAACAAAUUAGAAUGUGGUCACAAGAUUUUGUCACCAAAGAGGGCUACCCAAGUGUACGUUGUACGGGCGAUGACAAAGAUAGAUUUAUAAAGGCUGUUCUCAGGGAAAGAACUAGUAAGACGAAGGUACGAGCUUUAGUGAAGGAGUUCACGCUACUCUGUCGAGGCUUACUAGGAACAGAGUACGCAUCUCAAAUGGCAGAACUGAUGUGAUAUUUACCAUCUUAUGAAGAUAAAACAUUUAUUUAUUGACAGAUCAAAUUGCCAGCAAAAAAUAUAGUAUAUUUAUUUCAGUAGAUCUAGAUGCCUGUAAGGUUUAGAUAGAGGAUUUGAAUGAAAUGUUUUUGUAACCUUAGGAACAUGAUGAAUAAAGUUAUGAUACUGUUUAAAGUUAAAUAUCAUGUUAAAAAUGUUAAAAAAUUGUAAAUUUCAUAUAAAGCAUUAUGCUUUUGUUAUAAUGUAUAUUUUUAAACAUUUUGAGGUGUUGUUCUGAAAUGUCAAUGUUAAAACUAGGGCAAAAAAAAACAGACAUUUGAAUUAUUGCAUAAUUAGCUUUAUUAUUUCGUGUUGUGUUGUACAAUUUAUUAUGAAAAGUGCUUGAUGAAAAUGAAAUGCAUGAGUAUUGCUAAAUUUAGAGAGAAAAAAUAAUAAAAUUACCUGAAAAGUGCUUAUAUUUGUAGAAGUGCUACUAAUAAAUGAUUAUGUUAUAUGAAAGAUUUAUGUGCUAAAUUUGGCUGAAAUGCUAAAUUUGAUUGUAAAGUGCUAAAUGUAAUUAAUAAUUUAGUAGAUAAUAUUUAAUGUUAAAAUAUUUUUGCUAUAAGUAACUAGACUUGCUCAGUGUAGCAGAAAUGCUAAAUUUG